CAUUACAUACAUUUCAGCUUCUCCUGUCAGCCUGAAGAAGAAAAUGGUUGAACAACUUUGUAUGAUGGUGUUACUCUUAGCUGAAGUGUUUGUGGGACUAUAUGGAGAUGUUACACAACUGAACCCAGUUGUAUCAGUUCAUGAAGGAGAUCCUGUGGUUUUGCCCUGCUUCAUUAAAACAAAACAAAUAAAUGUGGCAUCGUGGUACAAGCAAGUCACUGGAGAAGAACCACGUCUCAUUGCUUGCUUCAUUCGCCAUUCAUCAAUAAGCCAAUUUCACAGUGAAUUUGAAAACAACCAUUUUGAUGUGUUAAGAGGGACUGAUAGUUUUAAUCUGACAAUUAUGAACACUGCACAAUCAGAUUCAGGCACGUACUAUUGUGCCUUUUCUUUUUCUAAUAUCGUUUCAUUUGGAAAUGGAACUCGUCUUGUAAUUAAAGAACCAAAAGUCAGCAAACCCACUAAUCUACAGCUGCCUAAGAUCGAACUCAUUAAAACAGAGGUAAAUGUUCCUCUACGAUGUUCAGUCCAAAAUGAAUUAGUGAGCAGUGGAGGUGAACAUCGUCUCUACUGGUUCAAACACGGAUCUGAAGAAUCUCCUCCAGGAUCUCUUUAUGUUCAUGGAAACACAAGUGAUGGAUGUGUGAGGAGCUCUGAAGCUGACUGUUUUUUACCGACUUGCAUGUACAACCUCCCAAAGAAUAAGUUCAGUUCCUCACAAACAGCAACUUACUGUGCACUGGCCACAUGUGGAGAGAUUUUAUUUGGAAACAUUUCUAAACAUAAUCCUGACAACUUCAAGAGCCAGAACACACACUUACUCUUUGUAACUGUCCUUACGGUUCUCCUGACAUCAAACAUUACCAUUAAUAUACUUCUGUGUUGCAUGAGGAGAAAUGAGUCUAUUAAUGCAACAGAAAGCAAAUAUAAGCAAAUUCAGACUUCUGAUGAUGACGUUUCAAUAGCCAAGAAUGUUGCUGGACCCAGUGCAGACAGCUCAGCUGCUGUAGCAGUGUCAAGUGUCAUGGAGGUAUGUGUACAUGCCAUGAUGUCUUCAAAAGCAGCAUCCUGGAGUAAAGCAUCACCUCAGACAUCCAUAAACAAGCUUCAUGAGGACAAAGAGUCAUCUGAGUGA